AGGUUGCUUGUGGUAGGAGGCCAGUCAAGUCAAAGGCACCUUCUGAAGAGGUGGUACUUGUGGAAUGGGUACUGGAUUGUUGGAGGAAAGGGGAAAUUUUGAAGACUGCGGAUCCCAAAUUAAAGGGUGAAUUCGAGGUGAAGGAAAUGGAAUUGGUCUUGAAGGUUGGAUUACUUUGUUCACAUCCUGUGGCAACAGCUAGGCCAAUCAUAUCUCAAGUUCUGCAAUACUUGAAUGGCCACACUUCAAUACCCGAAAAUUUGGACGGUCUUCUUUCGAUUCAGGAGCUGAAUGCUGUCAUGUUAAAACAUUCUGUUUCUGAAACAAAAAGUUCUACACCCUUUCUUACAAUCACUGAAAGUGUUUACAGGCCGUUGAUCGCGAUGAAAACUUCACCAAGCUGUAUAUUAUAG